AUGCAGGCACAGUUGGCAUGUAUGCUUCUCCUCUGUUUCACAUAUGGUGGACUUUGUACAGACGUCGACCAGGAUCAGCAAGUGCUGGAAGAGGAGCUACUCAGCAGUCUCUUCACUUCUAAGAUGAAACAGAACAAGCAGAGUGCCCCCUACUGGCGCGUGUCGCUGGUUAACCUGUGCAAGAUGGUGAGCGGCCUGCGGCAGGAGGCCUGGAGCGAGGAGGAGGAGGGCGGGGAGCUGAGGGAGGGGAGCCUCCAGCUGCUGGAGGAGCUUUACAACCUGCAACUCAUCUGCCGAGCGCUGCAGAACAGGGAGGAGAGGCUACUCCAUGACUCUCAAGAAUAUUUAGAGGAGAACAGUGACACUCCGCUGAAGCGAAAAUCACCCUACAUCCUGAAGAGGCAAGCAGCGCACACCACCAAGUCCCGGAGGCCGUAUAUCUUGAAGCGAAGUACAAUUUACUGA